AUGCCAGCUCGACAACAACCAUCAACCUCUUCUGAGGUCGCUUUGUCGUGGAGUCCCACCUCACCUAAUCCCAGAUCUUCUCUGCGUCGCCUGAGCUCUCUCGCCAACCUUCAUCAAUUCAAUCCGUUCAACUCGUUCAAUCGCAGACGUUCUAGUCAUAGUACGCAGAACUCUGAUGAUGACCCCUAUCUCCUCAACACCUAUCAACAAAGAUUGCAAAACCAGCAAAGUCGUCAGAACUAUGUUCCGCUACCUGAAGACCCGAUGCCUUCGUUGCCUAAGAGUCGCACUUUCAGCAACCUGCCCCGAACACGAGCUCGUAAUAACUCUAAACCACCAGUAUCUAUGAAGCCGCCAUCACGCAUCCCGACUCCAUCAAUGGGUACCAAUGCGAAGACGAGAUUGGCCAGUGCAACCAAGAGCAUCCUCAAGGUUGGCAAUCGACGUGGGCUUGUCCGAUCAGACACCGAGCCGUUGUUAGUAUCGAAUUAUUCGCGUGAAGUCCCAGCCUCAGCCAGUAUACUCAAGGAGAACGAUCCAACCAACACGAUCACAUCAGAUACGUCGAUGAAACCAAUUCAGUUGCCAACAGUCCCAUUGUAUCCACUUGAGAUGGAGGUCAAAACAUUCAACCCAAUCAGCCGCCCGCAGACUCCAGCUAAUCAGACACCGAAACCACGACCAAGAAAAGAUUCAUUGCAACAACCUACGCCUUGCACUCCGAUGACCAAGAAACCCUGGGUUAAGCUCCCGAAGACUCCAAUCACUGUGACCGCGAAGCCGAGAAGACGAACGAUGCUUCCUCCAGAAGCUGUUCCUCUGCAUUCCGUCUGUGAAAAGGAAAAACAUCGCUCUUCAUUUGGUUCUGACAUUCAAUUUCGUCAACUCCUCACACCCCGUGCCGCGCCCACACUUUUGCCAUCUUCCUGCCCACGGCCUUCAGCUACUUAUCUCCAAGCUGAUGACAGUACCAGCAAUAUUAACAUGGCUAGUGACUUGGUCACGUCAGCCCAGUCCACUGCCUAUUGGAGUGGACGCUUGAUGUCGCAGUUCGACCGACGACGCAAUGAGGAACUCCAGGCGCUUUUAGGGCAAACCGAGCUGGAAUCGUCCUACCCAGAGAACGACCUGCACACAUGUCUCAGGGAGUUGCAGAACAAGUGUGUGACUGAAGCUGCGAGAUUGAGCUUCGCAAUGUUCAAGGCUAGAGUGUACGUCAAGGCAAGUACAUUGGGAACAACUGUAGGCAAGGUGGAGAGUGGGGUCGAAGCGAGAGGCAAUGACAUGGUUGAAGCGUAG